GACUGGAAGCUGAAACUCUCGCUGCAACUUCAUGCAAGUUUUUGAAGAGGACUCUGACUUAAGAUUUUGGACUGAACAAACUGCUUGUUCAUAUUUUUUUCUGAUUAUUCUGUCAUAUGACAAAGUCAUAGACAGAGUCUGGUUUUUUGUUCGUUUUAGUUUUAGUUUGUUUGUUUGUUUGUUUUUUUCGUAAUUUAAGCAUUGAGCGUUUGAUAAAUAUUAAAAGAAUCUUUCUAUUUUGACAUUAUCAUUUUUAUUGUCUUACAACAUCCUCGUUUGUAAGAACAGUCUUCCAUCAGGUUACUCGCAGCAGCGGAGCUACGUGACUCCUCACUCCCUGAGUAACUAAACCGGGGGCAGAUGAUUUGGAAAUUCCCUGUUUUGGGGGUCUUUUUUUCUUCUCCUGGUGACCUAAUUUGAGUACUUUUGUUGGAUUUUCUUCUUCUUCUUUAUUUUUGUUUUCAAAGUGUGCGUCGGGAGCCGUCACCCCAUCUUUCCGCGCACACAUCACGAAAUGAAACCCAGUUUUGUAAUCGAGGCAGUAGUGGCGCUUUAUCUGCUCUUCUCACCUGCACAGAGUUUACCCUCGUCAAGCACUAACAGUACAAUGGAAGUGUUGACAUUUAAAGAAGUGUGGGGACGCAGCUUCUGUCGGACCAUUGAGAAGCUGGUAGAGGUAGUGCAGGAAUACCCAACAGAGGUGGAGUACAUCUACAGCCCCUCCUGUGUGCCCCUAGUGAGGUGUGCUGGCUGCUGUGGGGACGAAAACCUAGAGUGCCAUCCUACUAGCACUUCAAAUGUCACCAUGCAGCUGCUGAAAAUCAGGCCGUCAGAUCAAGAAUAUGUUGAGAUGACGUUUGUGGAGCAUCGGACAUGUGAAUGUAGGAAACCUAUUGUGAAGGUUGAAAGGAAAAGAAAAAGAGGAAGAGGAAGAGGAAGGAAAAGAAAGGAGAAACAAAAAAUAAAAGAAUGUGAAAGGUGCCAGAUUCCUCGCAGGUAACUGCAGUGGCAACCCAAACCCCUGUUGCAGUGUGACUCACUACUUAUUUCCAGCCCAGAAACAGUUUCCUCCACUUAUCUAUCGAAACUGUGUGCCGACAGAGACUCUGACAGCUGGGUUGAUUUCCUGACAUGCCCUCGUACUGACAGACAGGGCACUUGUAAUGGCAAGGUUUUGAUUGGUAGAAACACUGCUGUUACACACCUGACACAAUGGGCAUCCCUGGGAGCCAGUGCAAUGUAGAACUGACAUCUUCAUCUUAUACUAGGUAUUACUGUCAGUUAUUUUAAUUUGUCUGUUUCUUUGGUAUUUAAAGGUUUUCACAUUUUUUAAAAGAAAAACUAUAUUUAUUUGAUACAGUCAAAUAUAGUUGGACCAACAACCUUUAAAAAAGUUUGUAAUCAUUUCCUGAAACAGUGUCAAGAGUAUCUUGUUUGUCAUACCGGUAUAUGUUGGACUGAAUGUACAGCUGUUUUGUACAUGCAAUAAUGAAAUGUCUCCCUCUGGUGUUUAAGGACACAGUGUUUUAAAAUGUUCUACAGUGAAGUAUGAUUUCAUUUGUCUAAUUUUCAAAUAGGAUAUGACAUAGGUAAAGUGGGCAGUCAAAAUUAAUGAUAUAUCAAUGUAUUUGAAUAUUCUACCUAUCAUUUAUAAAACCAAAAAUCUCAUAAUGACAUGGUAUGUAUAAAUUCUCAGCCUUGUGUACAUUUACUAAAUGAAGAGAGAUCUACAACAGUAUGUGUAUGUGUGUGUGUGUGUGUGUAUGUUUUUGUUGUGUUUUUUCAUAAUUUGUGAAAUAUUAAAUUAGAUUAAUUGAAAUAAUUGAACAAAACUUUAAUUUAAUUUUUGUUCUGCUGACUUUUGUUGCCAAGUCAAUGAGGUUAACCAGGUUAAAAGACAGAUAUGCUCCCAGUGAGUGGCUCCAGCUUUGGAUUUGUCUUUAAAAAAAACUACCAAUCCAGUUAAAUUAAUUAUUCAAAAUGAAAUCAGAAAGUGUGCACAAGGUAAGCCCAGUAAAUCAGGAUUAUUUUCACACUACUCAUGAGGUUUUGAUGCCUGUAACUUCCAAACAACCUGUUGAAGGAUCCUUACAAUUGCGAUUCCAAGUGUUUCUCUCGUUUUGUAGUGUUCACCCUGGUGACAAGUCUCCCAUAAUCCCCCACAGCUGGUGACUUCCUGUGUUUAUUGGAAAUACUGCAGUAUGGAAGGGAUCAAUUAAUGUAGUUAUGUAAAAUUAUGUCCUUUUAUUUUUUUUUUUAGUACCACACAAAGAAAAUUUAUGAAAAUGUAAAAACAAACAUUUUGAUAAU